CAUAAAAUGAAGAAAGAAAGAAAAAAAGAGUAGAACGUGCUAACAGUUAACAUUACCCAAAUUCUUAUCAACUCUUCAAACCGUGUCGUUCUUCGCCUUACAGCUUUUGCAGAAAAGCUCUCAAAUCCAAAUUGCAUUUCAAUGGAAUCAAUCAACUUAGUAAAAGGCUAUGGCAAAGUCAACCCUUCUGAAGAUCCAUCUUCUUACUCCAAUCCCAGAGCCGCCCACAAGAGUCGUCUCACCAUCGCCGUCUCUCUCACCCUCUUCCUAACUUUAUUCAUCUGCGCAUUCGUCGGCGCGUUCAUCCACGCGUCUGAUUCCGACGGCCGCACACCAUCUCCUUCAUCCAGUUCAGCCGAUUCGCUCAAAAUCGUCUGCGCAGUGACUCAGCAUCCCGGGUCAUGCUUUGACUCCAUAUCUUCCCUCAACAGCACCUCAACAAAACCCGACCCGGAACAAUUCCUGAAUUUCUCUCUUCAGGCGACGGUGAAAGAGUUAACAGACAUCUCUUCGUUGCCAAAGACGCUGAUAUCGAAGAUCAAUGACCCAGGAACCGUGUCGGCGUUGAAGGACUGCAUUAGCUUAUUCGAUGAUGCGCUGAGUCAACUGAACCAAUCGGCGGAGUUGCUGAAUGUGGGUACCGGAGAGAGUGCAUUGACGGUGAUGAAGGUGAAGAAUAUGCAGACAUGGAUAAGUGCUGCGAUGACUGAUCAAGACACGUGUCUAGAAGGACUGGAUGAAAUGGGAUCACCGUUGCUUGGAGAAGUGAAAGCGCGAGUGCAGAAAGCUAAGGAGUACAUGAGUAACACCUUAGCAAUUCUCAGUAAUAUGCCUAACCUUCUUAAAAAAUUUGGUAUCUCUAUGCAUUGAUUUUAUUUUAUUUUUUCAUUCCGGAAUAGCGCUCCUAAUAUAUUUAAGGGUAAAAAACUUUCACCCGUACACCACAAACUCAUGAUAUCUCUAUGCAUUGAGUUAAUAUUUCAUAUGCACAAUUUGUACACUUCUUUUUGGCCUGUAAUUAUGAGUCAUUGUACUUUUCUUUGUUUGUGUCUUUAAUAUUAUUACUGGUGUAAA